AUGUCACCUAUCGACCUUCGAAAUCCGGGACGCCCUAUCCGUGUUGGUGUGAUUCUUUUCAAUACACUGACCGAGCAACUGGAUGUUGCACCUUUGGGCUAUUUCUCGAGUAUAAGUCGAGAAUUUCUUGAGGAGACUCCCUUCCCCGAUGAGUUCAAAAAGGGCGCUCCAGAGUUCACCUUCCACUGGGUGAAUGAAGAUGGCAAGAAGCCUGGCGAACUCACUGGAAACAUGAAAGUCACUCCAACGGACUCGUUUGCUACAUGCCCGCCUCUUGACAUCGCAAUCGUUGGAGCCAUGUCAUUCAACUACAAGCCAACCGAGGCUGAGAUAGCAUUCUUGCGGAAGACCCAUGACGACUGUACUGCGCUCCUGCUUGUAUGCUUCGGCUCUCAACCUGCUCUUCUGGCGGGACUGUUGGAGGGCAAGACUGCAGCAGCACCGCGUCCCGCCCUCGCUACGUUACAGCAGUCAUCGCCGGGUGUGAAUUGGGUAAAGAAACGAUAUGUGCGCGAUGGUAAGAUCUGGACAACAGGAUCGUUACUGAACGGGUUCGAUAUGGUUGCGGCGUUUGGAAGAGAGACUUGGGGAGGCGACGGAGCUGUGUUUGAUGUUAUGACACUGGAGUGCGCUUGGCCAGACAGAGACGUGGAUUACAAGGACGCCGCCGAGUGGAACCUAGGAUCUUGGAUGUAUUGA